AUGUGGAAUACACAUAUACCUGAUGAUGUCGAGUUAGAGAAGGAAAACAAUACCGUUGAUCAUAAGUACUAUAUAACGACUAUUUACACGAAUCGCCACCAGCAAAUGGAUAAGUAUUGGGUUGACAUCGAUGCUAUGUUGAAAAAGCCUGGAGUUGUUGGCAAUGCUAGCCAUCCACUUUUGUCUGGAACCUAUCGAAGGGCUGUUGGUGCAAAGCUCAGUUUCAAAUUCCCGUUCUACGGUCAUUUGAUGACGAACCUCACUAUAGCCACUGGAGGUUUCCUUUAUAUUGGUGAUCAGACCCAUAACUGGUUGGCUGCUACACAGUACAUAGCGCCGCUCAUGGCUAACUUCGAUACCAUGCUUGAUGGAUCGAGCAUUCUUUAUGCUGAUGAUGGUGAAAAACUUGUGGUGGAAUGGCGAAAAGUCCAGUUGAGAGAACAACAUCAGGCUGGUGCGUUCACGUUCCAAACUACUCUUUUCAAGAACGGAUCUAUAGCAUUUGUCUACAAGAAUGUACCCAUGAAUGUGUCAAAUAUAAGCGAUGAGCAACAUCCGGUCAAAUGCGGCAUUAGUGAUGCAUAUUUAUAUCACCACAUGUUCAUGGCACAUGGAACAAUCACAGUAUGGUUUUCGUUGGUCGGUAUCAGCUUCGUCCUGUGUACUUUUCAUUCCUACUUUGUUUUUAUGCCAUUUUCAGUGAGUCCCAAGCGUGUAAUCUACGAGUACCAUCGAAUUGAGAUACCGUUAGAGAAAGUUGCUGCUGAUACGGUCGUUUACCUUGAAGCACAACCCGUGUGCAUUCAGUUCCAGUCAUGUGAGGCGUGCUCUAAUGCAACGCUUAAGCAUUUCACUUGCACAUGGUGUCAUGCGAAAAAGACUCAUGGAGGUCCUUUCUGUACAGACCAGGGAGGGAUCCAUCGUCGUCGUCAGCAAUGGGCAGAAAAUAAUUGCAAGAAUCAAGGGAAAAACAUGUAUUGUAAUGCUGCUACAGAUGAAGAUGAAGUAGAGGAUGACAGGUCCCCGACAGCUUUAUCACCUCAUGGCUCGUACCAUAAUGGAAGUUUCUCUCUUUCAGGCAGGACCAAUGGGGGCGGAUAUGCAGCACUCGUUUUCACCCUCGGAUGUUCGCUUUGUCUGAUUGCAUGGUUAGCAUAUGCGUAUUACAAUCCGCAUACUACCAGUGGUCAACUGCUUAUCAAGGUUAGUUCAUUUUCAUCGACUGAUCUUGUUUUGCUUGUUUUUUGCUUGCAUACAAACCGUUUUUUGAAAGCUGUUAGUUCACUAAACAGAUGUGCUGUACUACUUCCCCUUUUUGCAUAG